AUGGCGCAGGAACCGUCUGCCAAGUGUCAUCGGGGCGAGAUGUCCGACCAGAGCAGCAACCUCGAUGACGUUCAUGUCCCCGGAGAGAAGCGCGAGUACACCCGAACCCUCACAGGGGUUGAGCUCCACGGCAAGGAGACGCUAGAGAUCGUCUGCACCCGCAAACCAGACAAGGUCGACGUGAUGAUCGGCAGGCUCAAGAUGAAGAGCCUCGACUUGUAUCCUAGAUUCAUCGGUGUUGAUGUGGAGUUUACCAGAAGAGAUGAACCUCUACAGAUGGCAAUUGUCCUGCAGCUAUGCAUGGAAGAACUCUGCUUGGUGUACCACAUCGUAGCAGCCACAAAAUGGUCUUUUAUUACACAAACAGAAAAAUAA